AUGUCGAGAGGAGGCGUGUCCCUGGCCGCGCUCAAGAAGACGCUGGCGGCAGGCGGCUACGACGUGGAGAAGAACAACUCCCGCGUCAAGAUCGCAGUCAAGAGCCUCGUCACCAAGGGCACCCUGGUCCAGACCAAGGGCACCCGUGCAUCCGGCUCCUUCAAGCUCAACAAGAAAGCCCCAAGAAGGCCGUCGCGCAAGAAGUCCCCCAAGAAGGCCAAGAAGCCCGCUACACCCAAAAAAGGCGGCCAGAGCCCCAAGAAGGUGAAGAAGCCGCUGCAGCGUCAAGAAAAAGCGGCCAAGAGCCCCAAGAAGGCUACAAAGGCAGCCAAGCCCAAAGCCGCCAAGCCCAAGGCAGCCAAGGCCAAGAAGGCAGCCCCCAAGAAGAAGUAA